GGAUGAUCGAUAGUUGGCAUUGACUCGCUGGGCCGAAGGGGCUGUUUCCAUGCUAAACUAAAUUAAAUUAAGAAUGUCAGCUAAAGGGUCCCAACCCAAAAUGUCACUAUCCAUGCUUUCUAAGGAUGCAGCCUGACCCGUUGAAUUACUCCAGCAUUUUGCAUCUUUCCUUGGUAAACCAGCAUUUGUAGUUCCUUGUUUCUACAAAUUAAACUAAACAUUUGGAAUUUGGGUAGGGGUAUGGUUCUCUCUAGCCACUUAUUUCUGCUUGAAAUUUUUUUAGGAAAUGAAUGUGACCUGCUCCAGAAUCAACGGCAUUCUCGAAUCAUACUACCUCACAACCAUGUACAGCAUCGAGUUCAUUUUAGGAUUGACCGGGAACAUUGUUGUGAUAAGUGGUUACGUCUUCUGCCUGAAGAAUUGGAAAUGCAGCAACAUUUACCUCUUCAACCUUUGCAUUUCGGACCUAAUCUUCAUCUGUACGCUCCCGAUGUUCGUGGUCUACUAUGCCAAAGGAAAACAUUGGGUGUUCGGUGGUUUUCUUUGCAAGAUGAACAGGUACAUACUCUACACCAACAUGUACCUUAGCAUGCUCUUCCUGGUUUGCAUCAGCAUUGACCGAUACUUGUUGGUCAGCAACCCAUUGAGGGGGCAUGUGUUUCAAAGGAAGAAGGCGGCUAUCAUCAUCUGUGUCGCCAUGUGGGUCUUCGUCACUUUGGAAGUCAUCCCCAUAUUGACCUUCAUCGGUUCUGACAAUGUUACAGCUCUUGACAACAGCACAGUCAUUAAGUGUGUUGACUAUGCCAGUGCUGGGAACCCAGUACACAACCUGAUUUACAAUGUGUGUCUCACUAUCUUCGGAUAUGUGCUUCCAAUGAGCGUUAUGGGUGUCUUCUGCCUGAAAACAGCACACAAGCUGAAGGAAUUAAGUCAGGCAAGGACCUGGAGCAUUACUCUGGAAAAGCCACUCACGCUGGUCAUCCUGGCCAUUACUAUCUUCUCUGUACUAUUCACCCCUUAUCACAUCAUGAGAAACAUCCGCAUGAUAUCUAGACUGGACAACAUCAACAUCUCAACGGAGGCCAUCGAGUGCAUAAAGGCCGCAUAUACUCUUUCCAGACCCGUGGCUUUUCUCAGUAUAAUUACCAAUCCCAUUUUCUACUUUUUUUCUGGGGAUAGAUUUAGGGAAACAAUUGCAAACAACUUGAAGUGUUGCCGCUCAAGAAAUGCAACUUAACAUGUAAAAUAAGGGUGUAGGAAGGAGCUGCUGAUGCUGGUUUAAACCUAAGAUAGACACAAAAUGCUGGAGUAACUCAGCGAGACAGUCAUAAAAUAAAGACUCUAGGACUGACUGAGAACUGUCAUUUUGCCAAGAGAUAUGAAUCUGAAUCUUUCUUCUGGAGACUGGGUCCCUGCUAAUUAUUCAAAUUCAGCUUAAUUAUUCAGCCAUGCAUUCCUGACAAGUAUUCUGUGGAAGAUUUUCCACUGAGGAAGAUUUUCAAAUUCAUCACAGUGGUCACAGACACAGAAUUUUUUUUUUUUUUUAAAUCCUAACUUCAAUCAAAUGGUAAAAAAAAGGUAUUUUGGAUUUGGAAGAAGUGCAGUA